AUGGCUCAGUCAUCAACUCCUUCAACACAAAUGUCAGUGGACAGCGAAUCUCAAGCUGCUGAUCGAGCUGAUAAAACUCAUGAAGUAGCUGAGCCAUAUUCCGCCCAAGCCGCGGCUCAAGAACAGGCGGCGCCACCAGCUUCAUUAAAUUUGUCGCUGUCGCUGUCACUGCCUAUAAUAGCCUUGGUUGUGAGGAUCAUCACACUGGUUUGUCUCAUACUGUCAAUCAGCCUUAUGGCUUCCAACUCCACCUCCAUCAGAAUCGACACGGUUGACCUUACACCUUCCAACUCCACCACCUUCUUCGGAUUUGACGGCAACGACUACGACAGAGUCGAGGUGAUCAGUAUUCGAUUCAACGAUAUUUACGCCUAUCGAAUGAAUAUAUACAGGUAUGGACUUUCAACAGCUGUCAUAGGAAUGGCAUAUACCUUAUUGCAAUUGGGAUAUUCGAUAUAUCAAGUGAUGUCAGGGAAACGUUUGACUGUUAAUCAUCCCACACUUGUGGUUUAUGAGUUUGUUGGAGACAAGGUUUUGUCAAACUUCCCCAUAUUUACUUUUCUCCUAGUGAUAAUUUAGUAAUUUAUUUAUAUGAAAAAUAAUUAAUUAGUUCCUUCCAAAUAUUAUU